AUACGACUUCAUCCGGUUACUAUGAAAAAUAUUAAGGAGAAUUCUCCGGCUAGAAAGAUAUUGGCCGUUGAACAAAGCUUUGUAGCAGAUUUUACUAUACAUCCAAAUGCUGAACCGGCCUCACGUAAAGUAAAGUUGGUUAGAUAUCAACAAAAUCCUGAAAAGUAUUGGGGACCUAAGGCAAGAGCUACUGGAAAACGGAAAGCUAAAGAUAUUGAGAAAGAUGAAGGUAUUGAACAAUCACCAUCUGUCAAAAGACAAUCUUAA